UUGGGCCAAUCGCGCGCGGGGAGCACCGGGGCUCCGCGGCCACUCGCUCGCGUCGCUCCCUUUCCUCGCGGACCCGGCUGGCUCGCUCCCGGGCCGGCCUCCGUCGCCGCCGCCGCCGCCGCCGCCUGCGCGCCCCGAGCUGCUGGGCUCUCCAAGACCUCGCUCUGCCUGCCCUUUCCCCGGCCCGCCAGCCCGGCCCCCGAGACCAUGGGCGACGGUCCUGCGAAAGGGGGCGCCGGGGGUCCCCGCAUUCCUUCGGAGACGCGGAUCUAAAAGCUGGGGUUUGGAGAGCUCCCGGGCGCCCGCCCGCCCGCGCCGACUGCACCCGCCCCGCGCGCACCUCCCGCGCCCUCGCCGAGGUCUCCUAGGAACCGCUCGAUGCGUAAAAACGCCGCUUCGCCCGUGUAGCUUCUCCCUCCACCGCGCAGGUGUCGUUUUGCCCGGUGCCCCAGGGCGAACGGGAAUGGCUUUGGAGGGCCGGCGGAAUCCCCAAUGCGUCCGUCGUGAAGAUGGAAUUAUAUGGGGAGCCUUCCCUGAAACGUCAUCGUAGUGCGGACUGUAGAGUUCUUCGCUUCCUCGUCUGAUAUUGCUCUAAAGGAAAACAUGUUCUGAGCUGCGAAGGCAGAGUGUCUCCGGGGCCGCCUCGUCUUCGUCGUCCAAGGCGUCUCCCCAGAAGGACCGGGUCAUGGCUGACCGCUGGGCCCUGCAUUUAUCCUAACGGAUCGUCUUCGUCGGCCGGUCUCGGAUGGUCUCGCAUCUUUGGAUCCUCGUCCCUGGAUUUCAGGAUCCCGAGAAGGCUUCCCCGUCCACCAUGGGCUGCCCGGAUCACGGCUGGCUCUGCCCUUGACCGUGACCUCUGUCUAUGACCUUCCCGCCACCCGCCCCGGGUCAUCGGCUGCCUGGCUCGCUCACCCGCUCUCCCCGCGGGCCGGCUCCCCGGCUCCGCCCGGCUCUGCGUGCUGGGGGUCGCGGCUCCCACGCGGAUGCGGCCCUGAAUCAUGUCGAGACCCCGCGGACUGGCGUGGGUCCCCCUGGCCAUGGUCAACUCCAGCGUCUACCUGUGGGUCACGGCCUUCGCCCUGCGCUUGGCGCCCGCGGCCGGCCAGGCCCAGUACCCCGUGGUCAACACCAACUACGGCAAGAUCCGCGGCCUGCGGACGCCGUUGCCCAAUGAGAUCCUGGGCCCCGUGGAGCAGUACCUGGGGGUGCCCUACGCCUCGCCCCCGACGGGGGAGCGGCGGUUCCAGCCCCCCGAGCCCCCCUCGUCCUGGACCGGGGUGCGCAACGCCACCCAGUUCGCCGCCGUCUGCCCCCAGCACCUGGACGAGCGGUCGCUGCUGCAUGACAUGCUGCCCGUCUGGUUCACGGCCAACCUGGACACCCUCAUGACCUACGUGCAGGACCAGAGCGAAGACUGCCUGUACCUCAACAUCUACGUGCCCACGGAGGAUGGAGCCAACAGCAAGAGAAACACAGAUGAUAUAACCAGUAAUGACCGAGGGGAUGACGAAGACAUCCACGACCAGAGCAGUAAGAAGCCGGUGAUGGUGUACAUCCACGGCGGGUCCUACAUGGAGGGCACCGGCAACAUCAUCGAUGGCAGCAUCCUGGCCAGCUACGGCAAUGUCAUCGUCAUCACCAUCAACUACCGGCUGGGCAUUUUAGGGUUCUUAAGCACGGGCGACCAGGCGGCCAAGGGCAACUACGGGCUCCUGGACCAGAUCCAGGCCCUGCGCUGGAUCGAGGAGAACGUCGGGGCCUUCGGGGGCGACCCCAAGCGCGUCACCAUCUUCGGCUCGGGUGCGGGGGCCUCGUGCGUCAGCCUCCUGACCUUGUCCCACUACUCGGAAGGCCUGUUCCAAAAAGCCGUUAUCCAGAGUGGGACGGCCCUGUCCAGCUGGGCCGUCAACUACCAGCCGGCCAAGUACACGCGCAUCCUGGCGGACAAGGUGGGCUGCAACAUGCUGGACACGACGGACCUGGUGGAGUGCCUGCGGGGCAAGAGCCACCGCGAGCUGAUCCAGCAGACCAUCACGCCCGCCACCUACCACAUCGCCUUCGGCCCCGUCAUCGACGGCGACGUCAUCCCGGACGACCCCCAGAUCCUCAUGGAGCAGGGCGAGUUCCUCAACUAUGACAUCAUGCUGGGCGUCAACCAGGGCGAGGGCCUCAAGUUCGUGGACGGGAUCGUGGACAACGAGGACGGCGUCACGCCCAACGACUUCGACUUCUCCGUGUCCAACUUCGUGGACAACCUGUACGGCUACCCCGAGGGCAAGGACACGCUGAGGGAGACCAUCAAGUUCAUGUACACGGACUGGGCCGACAAGGAGAACCCCGAGACCCGGCGCAAGACGCUGGUGGCCCUGUUCACCGACCACCAGUGGGUGGCCCCCGCCGUGGCCACGGCCGACCUGCACGCCCAGUACGGGUCGCCCACCUACUUCUACGCCUUCUACCACCACUGCCAGAGCGAGAUGAAGCCGGGCUGGGCGGACGCGGCCCACGGGGACGAGGUCCCCUACGUCUUCGGCAUCCCCAUGAUCGGCCCCACCGAGCUCUUCAGCUGCAACUUCUCCAAGAACGACGUCAUGCUCAGCGCCGUGGUCAUGACCUACUGGACCAACUUCGCCAAGACCGGGGACCCCAACCAGCCCGUGCCUCAGGACACCAAGUUCAUCCACACCAAACCCAACCGCUUCGAGGAGGUGGCCUGGUCCAAGUACAACCCCAAGGACCAGCUGUACCUGCACAUCGGCCUCAAGCCCCGCGUCCGCGACCACUACCGGGCCACCAAGGUGGCCUUCUGGCUCGAGCUGGUGCCCCACCUGCACAACCUGAACGAGAUCUUCCAGUACGUCUCCACCACGACCAAGGUGCCCCCCCCCGACAUGACCUCCUUCCCCUACGGCACCCGGCGGUCCCCGGCCAAGAUCUGGCCCACCACCAAGCGCCCGGCCAUCACGCCCGCCAACAGCCCCAAGCACGCCAAGGACCCCCAGAAGACGGGCCCCGAGGACACCACCGUCCUCAUCGAGACCAAGCGCGACUACUCCACGGAGCUCAGCGUCACCAUCGCCGUGGGCGCCUCGCUGCUGUUCCUCAACAUCCUGGCCUUCGCCGCCCUCUACUAUAAGAAGGACAAGCGCCGCCACGAGACGCACCGGCGCCCCAGCCCCCAGCGCAGCACCACCAACGACAUCGCCCACAUCCGCAACGAGGAGAUCAUGUCCCUGCAGAUGAAGCAGCUCGAACACGGACACGAGUGCGAGUCGCUGCAGGCGCACGACACGCUGCGGCUCACCUGCCCGCCCGACUACACCCUCACCUUGCGGCGCUCGCCCGACGACAUCCCGCUCAUGACACCCAACACCAUCACCAUGAUCCCCAACACGCUGACGGGCAUGCAGCCCCUGCACACCUUCAACACCUUCAGCGGCGGCCAGAACAGUAGCAACCUACCCCACGGGCACUCCACCACCAGGGUAUAGCUCGGCCGCCCGCGUCCCCGUCCCCCCGCGUCCCCGCCACGCCCCCCGGAGAGCGCGAGAGACUCAAGACGCCACAUCGCCACCCCAGGAAUGUUCUCCAUCUCACGCACAUCGAACCGAAUAUAACAGAACGAAAAAGCAAAACUGGACACACACACACACGCACACACACACACAUGCAGAAGGGCCGUCCUUCGCCGGGCGCCCGUGGGCCCGUCCGCGGACCGCGACUCCCCGUACGACGAGAUCAACUUCUGACCCUAUGAAAUGUGAAAACUAGGCGUGGCCCUCGAGGUCAUGACGCGUUCAUACCCCUUCGUGGUUCCCGCCAACCGCAGCCCACGGACGUCCGCCCGUCCCCGAUUCCUAGAGGUUUCCGAACUAACCCCACGACCGGACGCUUCUGGAACUUAGCCAGGGACAGAUCAUGUGUUUGUUGUUUUUUUUUUAAAAAAAAUGAUCAUUUCAAAAAGAUAAUAAUAAGUAAUAAUAACGUUAAAAGUUCUUUACGUGCCAACAGAUGGCCGUAGGUAAGAAAAGAAAGAGUCGGUGGGCUGCUACCCAUCCCGUGGAAUUGUCCCUCUCGUGGGACAGCCAACGUCGAGUUUUAUCCUUAAAAUAAAAAAAAGAACUGACUACGCAGCCAGGCACGUCGGUUUCUGGGCAAAGAGAGACGUUCCGAACUCUAUUUAAGAACCUUUGUAAAAUUAAGGAGGACUUGUACAUAGCUGUGAGCUUCCACACGCACAUACACACACACAGAAAACACGCACGCACACGCACACACACACACAAAGCUUCUAUCGGUGUUUUUCGUUGGAAAGCGCUCUUAGCGAGGUUGUCCAUUUCCCUCCAUUGUGGUCUCUGUGUAUAUAACUAUAAAUCUAUAUAAAUAUAUGCGUUAGUCAUAGCCCCUCUGUUCCCUCCGGGACGUAGGGGGAGGUCCCUGUUCGGAAUUCCUCGUUGGCCAUGAAGACGUGAGGGUUUCUGUAAUGCGUUUUCUGUGUCGCCGGGGGGGUGGGGGUGGGGGUUCGCCCAGCGGUUUUCCCCCCAACCCCCGGGCCGCCUGUGUGGUCCCGGUUGUACAAAAGUGCAUGUGUAGCAUCCUGCCCAGACUGCUGUUGCUUUAGGAAACGUUCCUUUUCUGUGUGUGCGUGUGUGUGCGUGUAUCUGUGUGUGUGUGUGUGUGUGUGUGUUAAAGCCUUUAUGAAGUAGCAGCCUGCAGACGGAUCCCUCACGUGCAGUCUAUGGACAGAUUGUCGUGUGUAUGUGUGUGUGUGUGUGUGUGUGUGUGUGUGUUAAAGCCUUUAUGAAGUAGCAGCCUGCAGACAGAUCCCUCACGUGCAGUCUAUGGACAGAUUGUCGUGUGUGUGCGUGUGUGUGCGUGUGUGUGUUAAAGCCUUUAUGAAGUAGCAGCCUGCAGACGGAUCCCUCACGUGGAGUCUAUGGACAGAUUGUCGUGUGUAUGUGUGUGUGUGUGUGUGUGUGUGUGUGUGUGUGUGUGUGUGUGUUAAAGCCUUUAUGAAGUAGCAGCCUGCAGACGGAUCCCUCACGUGGAGUCUAUGGACAGAUUGUCAUGUGUGUGUGUGUGUGUGUGUGUGUGUGUGUGUGUGUGUGUGUGUUAAAGUCUUUAUGAAGUAGCAGCCUGCAGACGGAUCCCUCACGUGCAGUCUAUGGACAGAUUGUCAUGUGUGUGUGUGUGUGUGUGUGUGUGCAUGUGUGUGUGUGUGUGAAAGCCUUUAUGAAGUAGCAGCCUGCAGACGGAUCCCUCACGUGCAGUCUAUGGACAGAUUGUCGUGUGUAUGUGUGUGUGUGUGUGUGUGUGUGUGUUAAAGUCUUUAUGAAGUAGCAGCCUGCAGACGGAUCCCUCACGUGCAGUCUAUGGACAGAUUGUCAUGUGUGUGUGUGUGUGUGUGUGUGUGCAUGUGUGUGUGUGUGUGAAAGCCUUUAUGAAGUAGCAGCCUGCAGACGGAUCCCUCACGUGGAGUCUAUGGACAGAUUGUCGUGUGUAUGUGUGUGUGUGUGCGUGUGUGUGUGUGUGUUAAAGUCUUUAUGAAGUAGCAGCCUGCAGACGGAUCCCUCACGUGGAGUCUAUGGGAAGAUUGUCAUGUGUGUGUGUGUGUGUGUGUGUAUGUGUGUGUGUGUGUUAAAGUCUUUAUGAAGUAGCAGCCUGCAGACGGAUCCCUCACGUGGAGUCUAUGGACAGAUUGUCACGUAUGUGUGUGUGUGUGUGUGUGUGUGUGUGUGUGUGUGUGUGUGUUAAAGCCUUUAUGAAGUAGCAGCCUGCAGACGGAUCCCUCACGUGGAGUCUAUGGACAGAUUGUCAUGUAUGUGUGUGUGUGUGUGUGUGUGUGUGUGUGUUAAAGCCUUUAUGAAGUAGCAGCCUGCAGACGGAUCCCUCACCUGGAGUCUAUGGGAAGAUUGGCGUGUGUGUGUGUGUGUGUGUGUGUGUGUGUGUGUGUGUGUUAAAGCCUUUAUGAAGUAGCAGCCUGCAGACGGAUCCCUCACCUGGAGUCUAUGGGAAGAUUGUCAUGUAUGUGUGUGUGUGUGUGUGUGUGUGUGUGUGUGUGUGUUAAAGCCUUUAUGAAGUAGCAGCCUGCAGACGGAUCCCUCACGUGGAGUCUAUGGGAAGAUUGUCGUGUGUGUGUGUGUGUGUGUGUGUGUGUGUGUUAAAGUCUUUAUGAAGUAGCAGCCUGCAGACGGAUCCCUCACCUGGAGUCUAUGGACAGAUUGUCGUGUGUGUGUGUGUGUGUGUGUGCAUGUGUGUGUGUGUGUUAAAGUCUUUAUGAAGUAGCAGCCUGCAGACGGAUCCCUCACGUGGAGUCUAUGGGAAGAUUGUCAUGUAUGUGUGUGUGUGUCUGUGUGUGUGUGUUAAAGCCUUUAUGAAGUAGCAGCCUGCAGACGGAUCCCUCACGUGGAGUCUAUGGACAGAUUGUCGUGUGUAUGUGUGUGUGUGUGUGUGUGUGUGUUAAAGUCUUUAUGAAGUAGCAGCCUGCAGACGGAUCCCUCACGUGGAGUCUAUGGACAGAUUGUCGUGUGUGUGUGUGUGUGUGUGUGUGUGUGUGUGUGUGUGUGUGAAAGCCUUUAUGAAGUAGCAGCCUGCAGACGGAUCCCUCACGUGGAGUCUAUGGACAGAUUGUCGUGUGUAUGUGUGUGUGUGUGCGUGUGUGUGUGUUAAAGUCUUUAUGAAGUAGCAGCCUGCAGACGGAUCCCUCACGUGCAGUCUAUGGACAGAUUGUCAUGUGUGUGUGUGUGUGUGUGUGUGUGCAUGUGUGUGUGUGUGUGAAAGCCUUUAUGAAGUAGCAGCCUGCAGACGGAUCCCUCACGUGGAGUCUAUGGACAGAUUGUCGUGUGUAUGUGUGUGUGUGUGCGUGUGUGUGUGUGUUAAAGUCUUUAUGAAGUAGCAGCCUGCAGACGGAUCCCUCACGUGGAGUCUAUGGGAAGAUUGUCAUGUGUGUGUGUGUGUGUGUGUGCAUGUGUGUGUGUGUGUUAAAGUCUUUAUGAAGUAGCAGCCUGCAGACGGAUCCCUCACGUGGAGUCUAUGGACAGAUUGUCACGUAUGUGUGUGUGUGUGUGUGUGUGUGUGUGUGUGUGUGUGUGUGUGUGUGUUAAAGCCUUUAUGAAGUAGCAGCCUGCAGACGGAUCCCUCACGUGGAGUCUAUGGACAGAUUGUCAUGUAUGUGUGUGUGUGUGUGUGUGUGUGUGUGUGUGUUAAAGCCUUUAUGAAGUAGCAGCCUGCAGACGGAUCCCUCACCUGGAGUCUAUGGGAAGAUUGGCGUGUGUGUGUGUGUGUGUGUGUGUGUGUGUGUGUGUGUGUUAAAGUCUUUAUGAAGUAGCAGCCUGCAGACGGAUCCCUCACCUGGAGUCUAUGGGAAGAUUGUCUAUGUGUGUGUGUGUGUGUGUGUGUGUGUGUGUGUGUGUGUGUGUGUUAAAGCCUUUAUGAAGUAGCAGCCUGCAGAUGGAUCCCUCACGUGGAGUCUAUGGGAAGAUUGUCAUGUGUGUGUGUGUG